CGCCUCCUUCGCCAUUAAAGACACAAAUCUCUGUCUAGAAACAAAAGCAAAAUAGAAAAAAUUCGUGCUACAAAAUUCAUUUUCUUCUCAAAUCAAGCAUAUAUGUUCCUUCCAAACAUUUUCGUCCCCGAAUUCCUCCGCCGCAGCUGCCCCCAGUGAUUCCGGACUUCUUUCCUAAAUUUUCGGAGAUCUCCUUUUCGCGAGUCAUUCGUCGCCAUUCUUCGGGCGGGCUAGGGUUAGGGUUUGCGAGUAUGAGGGUGAACGAGGAGGGGUGGGACGAGGAGGAGGGGGUGGUGGUGACCUCAGCUACGCCUACGCCGGCAGCGCUAUCUCCGCCGCCCGCUGCCUCGUCGGGGCUACAGCGGCUUGUGGUUGGGUACGCGCUAACCAAGAAGAAGGUCAAGAGCUUCUUGCAGCCCAAGCUCCUUGCGCUCGCCAGGAAGAAGGGAAUUCAUUUUCUAUCAAUUGAUGAGACUUGUCCUCUCUCGGAACAAGGCCCAUUUGACAUUAUUUUGCACAAGUGUACUAGCAAGGAGUGGCAGCAAGUUCUGGAGGAUUAUCGUGAAGAGCACCCCGAAGUAACUGUCCUUGACCCACCAAGUGCUAUCCAACAUCUGCACAAUCGCCAGUCGAUGCUCCAAGAAGUUGCUGAUUUGAACCUGUCCAACAGCUAUGGUGAGGUCUGUGCUCCCAGACAACUAGUCAUCAUGAAAGAUCCAUCUUCCAUACCAGCUGCAGUUGCCAAGGCUGGACUAACCUUGCCCUUGGUUGCCAAACCUUUGGUUGUUGAUGGAACAUCGAAAUCUCAUCAACUAUCUCUUGCGUAUGUGGAUACAUCUCUGUCAAUGCUUGAUCCUCCUCUGGUUCUCCAGGAAUUUGUGAACCAUGGCGGAAUCUUAUUUAAGGUAUACAUUGUUGGUGAAACAAUACGGGUUGUACGCCGGUUUUCUCUUCCUGAUGUUAACGACUAUGACAUGGAGAACAGUGAGGGGAUCUUUCGAUUCCCAAGAGUUUCCUGUGCAACAAAUAAUGCAGAAGAUGCAGACAUUGACCCUUGUAUUGCUGAACUUCCUCCAAGACCACUUUUAGAAAAACUGGGCAAGGAACUUCGGCGUCGACUGGGUCUUAGACUGUUUAACUUAGACAUGAUUCGAGAGCAUGGUAGAAAGGAUCGCUACUAUGUAAUUGACAUUAACUAUUUCCCUGUUAUUGCAUAAGCUGCUUUCAUUGUUUACACGCAGCCUUAUUCUAGGUUCAAGGUAAUACUGCACUUCCUCAAUGGCCAAUGUUUUGCUUGUAGUCUCUGAUUUAACACUAUGUUGCUACCUGGUGCUGUGUUUCUCUAAUUGUCCCAGUUCAAACUCCGCAGGAUAUGGUAAAAUGCCAGGCUAUGAGCAUGUAUUCACCGACUUUUUCCUAGGCCUUGUGCAAAGCAAGUACAAGAGGCGUUUAAGCGGAAGCUGAAGUGUAGGGAUAUAGGGAAGGUUCCUAUCCAAGGUCCAGAAAAUUAACAGACAGAGUCUAUGUACUGGCAGCUUAGAUAGAUUUACUCUUCUGUACAUAACAAGGGGCUAUUAGUUUGCUUCAGGAAAGACACCGAUGAAAUUGAGAGGAAAAAGAAAUUGUACGGUUGCCCUGUGAGCAACCUGUUUAAAACAAUUUACGUGCCAACAUGAUGCUAUGACCAAAAAAUAAAAUAAAUUGUUGCUGCAUGGCUGAUUUUGAGGUA